AUGGGCGCCACCCCGUUCCAUCGAUCCAUCCUCGAGGUCCGGUUGCCGAAGCACUUCGACAAACCAACGGACAUGAGGUAUGAUGGAACCCAAGACCCUCUAGAACACCUCACAGCCUUCGAAGCUAGGAUGAAUCUGGAGGGAGUAGGGGACGAGGUGAGGUGUCGAGCCUUCCCGGUGACUCUGGCAGGACCCGCGAUCAGAUGGUUUAACGGCCUCCCACAGGGAUCCAUCUAUAGGUUUUCGGACGUCAGCCGUGCGUUCUUAGCCCAAUUCACGACACGAAUAGCAAAGGCAAAGCACUCGAUCAACCUCCUUGGGAUAACCCAAAGACACGGGGAGCCGACCAGAAAAUACCUGGACCGGUUCAACGAUGAAUGCUUGGAAAUUGACGGCCUAACCGAUUCGGUGGCCAGCCUUUGUCUGACGAACGGCCUCCUCAACGAGGACUUUCGAAAACACCUCACCACGAAGCCGGUUUGGACAAUGCACGAGAUCCAAACGGUAGCUAAGGAGUACAUAAAUGACGAGGAAGUCAGCCAAGUCGUGGUUGCCAACAAACGACACUCCGGCUACAACCAACCUAGACAGCAAGUUUAUCAGCAGAUUGCCGAGAAAGGAAUCCUGUCGAAGCCCCGACCACUCAAGGACCGUACGGGGGGAAACAAGAACUUUUACUGUGACUAUCACAAGGGCUAUGGGCACCAAACACAGGACUGUUUUGACCUGAAGGACGCACUAGAACAAGCGAUAAGGGAGGGUAAGCUAACAGAAUUCUCCCAUCUUAUAAGGGAGCCGAGGAGGCGUCAUCGCGACCAAGACGAAGAAGGCAAAACCCGGUCGGCAAAGCGGCGACAAGAACCAGAAGAUAGAGACCACGGCCUCACCGUGAUAAAUGUAGUAACAGCCAAAAACGCCGCGCCAAGGUCGCGAUCGGCGCACAAGAAAGACGCCAAAUCCUGGCGGUCUCCUCCUCGCUGGUGUGAAGUUCUAAAAAACCCCUCAUCCAUCUCUUUCGGUCCGGAAGACCAGUGGUUCGAUGAGGCCCCCGAAAACCCACCCAUGGUCAUCACGGCCAGAGUGGAAACCGGCCUCGUCAAACGAAUCCUUGUCGACACGGGGGCAAACUCGAACAUCAUGUUCCGCAACGUGUUCGACGCAUUGGGGCUAAGGGACGCCGACCUAUCGACUCACCAGCACGGGGUCAUCGGGUUGGGCGACCACUUCAUCAAACCUGAUGGAGUAAUAUCCCUACCGGUCUCUGUGGGACAGGCUCAAGGCCGAAGAUCGGCGAUGGCCGAGUUCGUGGUCCUCCAAGAUUCCACGGCCUAUAACAUCAUCUUAGGAAGGAAGACGAUUAAUGAUAUUGAAGCGAUAAUCAACACAAAGCUGAGUCAUGAAGUUUGUUACCGACGAUGGAUCUAUAGGGUCCAUAAGAGGAUACCUCGAGACGGCGGUCACUUGCGACAACGCCAGCCUCUCCCUAAGGAAGAAAUCCAAAGAGGCGUCAGGGGUGUUCCUGGCUGA